CACACAACUUGACACUUGACAGCAGAAUAAAAUAGCGCGAUAUUUUUCUCGGGUUGGCUGUACUUUGUUUCUUUGUAAAUCACCUUAUUGCUAGAUUGGUGGUGUUGUCGACACUAGUCUUCAAGUGCGUUUGGAAAGUAUCCUUCAAUCUGAUUCCCGUUGUACCUAUCUGAAAUGGAAAGCAUGGAGGACAGUGUUGUUAACGAGGAGCGAUCGAGCCAAGCAGAGAGCCAAAUGGAUAGCUCCACGACCUCCAGUCCGGACGAGGAUGCGAAGCCAAAAAGCGACACCGACACCAACAAGACGCUGGAUAUGGGGAGGAGGACGUCAAGCCCAAGAUCAAUAUUAAAAAGGAGGAAAAAAUGGAAGAGGACGCGGAAGAGGAAGCGGACAAUUUGGAGAAUAGCGAGAAUGAGCCUGAAAAAUCGGAGGAUAAUCGUCGGGAAAAGAAGCCUCGCAUUGACAUUAAAGUGUCUGCUCAAGAUGGGAAUGAAGUUUGUUUCAAAGUGUCCCGUAACGUUCGAAUGCAAAAACUCAUGAACACCUUUGCGGAAACCAUCAAGGCCGAUGUUACAAGUUUGCGGUUUAUGUUAGGAAGUAAACGCGUACGGGGGGAUGAUACACCGACUACUCUAGAAAUCGAUGAAGACAAUAACGAGAUCCAGGUGCAUUUCCCUCUCCAUGGGGGUUGAUGCUGAGAUCUUCGAUGGCUGGUUUUUCGCUUGUCGUUUUUCUGUCUCAUGGGUGGGAAUGUUUUAGUUACUUUUAUAUGUGCACAGUGGCUUCCAAUCAUUUUGUAGUAGACCUGGUACCAGGACAUUUUGCUGGAGAACUCUGUAUAAUGCAUUGUUUUCGAAUUUUAUCUGCUUGUGCUGAGUCUUGCAUUUAACGGUCAAGCUAAUUGUUGAAUGAUUUUUAUUAUAUGGACUUUUGUACCACAGGGGCGGCAGUUGUUUUUCCUAUUAUCCAUGAUGCAAACCGAGAUGCUUCCGAGUAUCAGAAUAAGCUGAAUAACGAACAGUUACAAACU